GGAUCUGUUGUGUUUACAGAUAUCGAUCAAACAGUUGGAAUCCACAACAAUUGUUGGUACAUGCCCAUCGGUACCCAUAUCUAAGAUUUCUAGCAAACAGAGCGGUUUCCAAUCUGAUUUCUAUAAAAAAAACACAGAACUAUCUCCUCGAAACCUCAUCAACCAUCUAGACAAACAUUUCCUCUUCACCGGUUACUUCAAAAUGUCGCAAAACGCCAUCGAAACUCCACCCUCCCUCCCGGACGUCCUAGCCCAAAAUAUCACAUGCAUCAAGAAAGGAGAAUGCGAGCUCGAUCUACCCAGCUCAUUCAGCUUCGGUCCACGAAUUGUCGGAGGCCUAGUCAUGUCCCUGCACCCCCCUCCUCACCACCGAAAACGGCCCGCACUGGAUCUCCUACCAAACGCCCUACCGCCCCACCAGUUUCCGACGCGUGCAAUCCCAUCUCAGAUUUUCCGUGCCCCUCGCCCCCCAAUCCCCCAGCAUCCGCGAUCAAAGGCUCACCCCCUCGCACUCCUCCACAAGUUUCACAAGCGAAUCCCUCAGUUUCCUCCUCGACAUCUCCUUUCCCAUUCUCGGUAAUUUUUACCCCGAAAAGGCGCCUGGGGGACACGCCGCUACCGUGCAAGCAGGGCUGGAACAGAAGAGAGACCGAGAAAUGGGUGUUGUGAAGAUUGUUGACGCGGAAUCUGGAUCGUACCGAGCCCCCGCGAUGAUUACUUCUCUGGCGACGAGUAUUGAGAUUAAGAAAUUGUUGCCGCCGGGAGGAACGAAGUGGUUGUUUAUGAGAGCGCAGGCGAAAGAGAUUAAAGAUGGAAGAUUGAGUAUGGAAGUUAUGAUGUUUGAUGAGGGGAUGGAAUUGGUAGCGCUGAGUCAACAACUUUGUCCAAUUAUUGAUUUUUCAAGAACUAUGGCUAAUAAGCAGAAGCUGUA